CAUUGAAAAUCGCACGUUCCUCGGUAUGUAAACAAAAGUUUGAAACACACGCGAUCGCACGCGAGGACGAGAUCGAGAACGUGAUUGCGGUCGACAGCGCUUUCCGGGAUCUCUCUUGCGGAAUCUUGUGCGCGGUUGCUGGAGGUUAAACGCGCGGGACGAGCCGAUCAUGAACUCGAACGGGAUAAAGUUGCUGAAGAAAGCCGACCCGUAUCCGCAGGGGAUGCGGUGCCAGAAGUGUCUGGAGAUGGGGCACUGGAGUUACGAGUGCAAAGGCAAGAGGAAGUACCUGCACAGAUCCUCUCGCACCUCACAGCUGAAGAAGGCUCUGCAGCAGCAAGAGAAUGACAAUAACCAAGAGCAAAACAAGAAGGAAAAGAAUCAUCACAUCAAGAAGAAAAUGAGGCAGGAGGAGGACAAAUCUAGCAGUUCGAGCGACGGGAGCAGCGAUUUGAGCACCUCCAGCAGCAAGAGCAGCAUAAAUUCCAGCAGUAGCAACAGUAGUAGUAGCAGCAGUUCCUCGGACAGUGAGUCGGACUCCAGCGAUAGUCUGUCUAGCAGCAGCAGUAGCAGUAGUAGUAGUAGCAAUAGCAAUAGCAGUCACGGUUCCCACAAAAAGAAAUAGCACAGAUCAUGAAAUGGAGGCGAGAAGAAUUCCCGUCUCGCUUUUGUCAAAAUGAUCAUUGCUCUGUCCGAGCACAAUGCCAUUUUGCCUUGGAGCGGAACUCAAGUGAGGAAAGAGCAAGUUGAAAGCGAAGAAUACUUGACAAAAUUUUUUAUGGCUCUUGUACAAGAUACACGUGUAAUUCGUCAACAAAUACUUUUACCUCAUGUAGGUACAAAAUGUGCUUGCUUAAAAUAAGAAGUAUCUAUACUUUCGAUCUAUUUUUUAGUUUUAUAUUCUGAUCGUUAAAAUAAUUCGUUACAUUUUUGCUACUCAGCUUUUUUUAUGACAUAUUUAUAUAUAUAUAAAUUUAUGUGUAACAAACACAAACACACACACGCACACGCACACAUACACAGUGUUCCGUAAAGCGAUGAGAUAAAUCAUUUGGAAAUGAAAAUAAGAAGGAAAAAUAUGAACAUA